UUAAGAUCUUGAAACAUGGAUACAAUCAAUCGAGAAACAAAUGAAAAUGGGACAAACGAAGGACUGAAUAAGACGAAUUCGCUCGAGGAAUUCUACGCCGGUUGUGGGAUCCUUGUGACUGGAGCAACCGGUUUCGUUGGAAAAGGUCUCCUCGAAAAACUGAUCCGCAUGUGUCCACGCAUCGCUGCCAUUUUUAUACUAAUUCGUCCAAAGACUAACGAAACGAUAGAACAACGAUUUAAGAAGCUCAUAGGUGAUCCGAUUUACGAUGCCAUCAAAGCAAAACGCCCUUCAGCUUUGAACAAGGUUUAUCCCGUGAAAGGUGACGUGAGUCUGCCAGAUUUAGGUCUUUCGCAAGAACAUAGAAAUCUGUUGCUUGAGGAAGUAAAUAUAGUGUUUCACGCCGCGGCCACUGUGAGAUUCAACGAGCCAUUACACGUGGCUGUUAAUGUGAAUACGAAAGGUACAGCUCGUAUCAUCGAACUUUGGAACGAACUAAAGCAUCCAAUUAGCUUCGUCCACGUCAGCACAGCUUUUAGUAAUGCUAAUCUACAUGAGAUUGGGGAAAAAGUUUACACUACGAGCUUGAAACCUUCGAAUGACAAUUCUUUUAAGUAUAUAUGUAUUUCAUAUCUUCUUGGCUGCUAA